UAUGUUGUGACCCAGUCUACUUAGUGGGAGGGAACUUGAGAACAGGAGGAUCAUAUGUUGUGACCCAGUCUACUCAGAGAGAGGGAACUUGAGAACAGGAGGAUCAUAUGUUGUGACCCAGUCUACUUAGUGGGAGGGAACUUGAGAAGAGGAGGAUCAUAUGUUGUGACCCAGUCUACUCAGAGAGAGGGAACUUGAGAGCAGGAGGAUCAUAUGUUGUGACCCAGUCUACUCAGAGGGAGGGAACUUGAGAGCAGUAUGAUCAUAUGUUGUGACCCAGUCUACUUAGUGGGAGGGAACUUGAGAACAGGAGGAUCAUAUGUUGUGGCCCAAUCUACUCAGAGGGAGAUAACUUGAGAGCAGGAGGAUCAAUGGUGUGACCCAGUCUGCUUAGAUGCAGGAGGAUCUUAGGAGCAACUGAGACUAUUUCUUUAGGAUGCUGGCAAAUCUAUUUUUAGCACCUCUAUGGUGCUGGCACCUCAAUGAGACUAGACCCUCAAUGAUGCUUGCACCUCUAUGGUGCUGGCACCUCAAUGAGACUAGACCCUCAAUGAUGCUUGCACCUCUAUGGUACUGGCACCUCAAUGAGACUAGACCCUCAAUGAUGCUUGCACCUCUAUGGUGCUGGCACCUCCAGGAGACUAGACCCUCAAUGAUGCUUGCACCUCUAUGGUGCUGGCACCUCCAGGAGUCUAGACCCUCAAUGAUGCUUGCACCUCUAUGGUGCUGGCACCUCCAGGAGACUAGACCCUCAAUGAUGCUUGCACCUCUAUGAUGCCGACACCUCUAUGGGACUGGCACCUCAAUGAGACUAGACCCUCAAUGAUGCUUGCACCUCUAUGAUGCCGACACCUCUAUGAGACAAAGACAAGAACCUCUAAAAUGGUGGCACCUCUAUGAUGCUGGCACCACUGACCAUCAGUUUUCUAAUUGCAAUUAUUUACAAACUUAUCCAUGCUAAUGUUCCGCCCUAGUUAAAAGCUCCCAAUUUUAUGAAAAUGCUUGUAUUCAAACCCAAUACAUGGUUUUGAUUUAAGCUGGGAUCAUCAUCUUCUAUUUUAUUAACUUAUGUAAUUCAAAUGCAUUUAUAAAGUUUAU